AUGGACAGCGGUAGACCGUCUUCGCUUGACGAGAUCAGCAUCACGGCUUCAGCCUUGCGAAGAUUUGCUCGGACCCCUACCGGCCAUCGACUAGGCCUCAGGCGCUCAACCACCGAGUCGACAUCUUCAUCGUCAACCAGCUCCUUUGAGCCAGAUCAACCGCCGCCCUGUGUGUAUGAGACCACGCGUGGCACCCUGUCGGAUGAAUGUGCUCUGCAUAGAUUCAUUGUAUGGGCUGCGGUCAAGCGAAAUGCUUGUCCCAAGAUGACCUCCGAAGAGCGCCGGGAAUGCCCCUUGUUCGGCUGCCGCGAGCGCUUCCCCGACCAUGAGGGCUUGCUGCAGCAUCUCUACGAUUGCAAGUACCUCGAGCAUGGAAAGUACUGGUGCUAUGACUGUGGCAGGGUCGAGACGUUCCAUGACAUAAACAAGUGCCGACGCAGCCAUCCUUCCAAACGGAAAAGGUUGAUCUCUGUGGCCAAGUCCUUUCUCUCCUCCUUGGGGAGACCCAAGACGCCUACGCCUUCGCUCCUGGACCUUGAAGUUGAAGACAAUCCGUAUAGCUACGUGUACCCUGUUGAGGACGAGUGCUCGAUAGGGGCACAUCCAGGGUUCGAGCUGCAGUCCAAUGAGAUUCACGAGAUCGCUUCAAGUGAGGUCACGCUUCCUACGAUUCCUGAAGACAGGCAGCAAGAUCACUUGAGCCGAUCAUCUUCUGCGCCUUCCACAUAUACCGCCCAUACACAACCUCUUUCUAUUCAUUCUCGAAAGUCCAUGGCUGAGAGCAGCUACAGAGCUUAUUUGAAUCGGUCUUGGUCGCCACAUGUUGAGACUGUUUCCCCAGCAGAUCUUGUGAAGCCGGACUCGGUGAAUGCAGCCGCAAAGCCAGCAUUGCAGCUCAACACAAGAGCCGCCUUUGAUAUUUCUCAAGCUCAAUCGAGACGUCGAACUAGCCACCUGCAGCCGACUUCAUCUGUCAGGUCAACCAGUAGCACGACGAGCACGAAUAGCACGAACAGCACGAACAGUACCUCGAGCACGGCCAGUUACACCAUUUCUCCCACGUCAGUAUGGUCUGGAUCUUGGGGGAUUGGGACUUGUAUCGAGUCCAACCUUACUUCUCCUGCCGACGAUGUGCCGAACUCCGAUGAUGUCUUGCCAUGCUCGCACCCUUUACCUCCUCAUCCGCAUGCCGACGACGUGAACAUGGCCUUUUCAAAAUUCGCGGACGAAUCCACUGGCUCAAUGGGCUUGACAGAGCUCUCUGCUGAUGUCCCAACGGUGCUGCAUCUCAUGGAUGCCAAGCAGUCAACUGCAUCUACCGUCGACCCUCCUGUGCUUUCUUCAACGGAGAUCUUGCAGCCGGAAAGCUUUCGAAGUGAGAGCCAGCAACCACAGCAACUGAUUGAUGACCUCAAGCGACGUAAUAAGGGACAGGCCAGCCCACAUGAACUUGUACAUUCAGCGCGAGAUACAUGGGAUCUUCACGUGUCGGACUCACAAGCCAAGUUGCGACAGUUACGCCGCCCUGGGGAGAACCAUGUGGCCUCAAACUUUUGCGGCAUGACGGCGAAUUUUGUUGCUUUUACUGGUUUGAAGACAAUGUCAGACAUGCUUCGAGGCAAGCAGCCGCAAUCGCCGUCGGACGUCUUAUGCUUCCUGCACAUCGCAUACUCACUUUGCUUCGUGAUACAUGGACAAGAUGCUACAAGGUGGUCGACGGAAUUUUUCAACCAGGCUGCAAUCUAUUGCUCCUGGAUGACGCUUGAGAACAGGUUUGCGUACUGGCAAGUUCUCGACUUUCUUUGGACACCUGGCGAUAUGACCGGCGAAGACUUUACGAGCAUUCAGCAGCGAUGCCUGUCUCGGCCUUCAUCUACCGCAAAUGCCAGGAACAACAAAGAACCCGCUUACCACAACAGCGUCAGUGACCCGUUACUUUUCAUUUCGCAAUACUUCUUAGACGAAUUGGAAUAUGCCGCGCUUCAAAACACGACAAGGCCAGAAAUUCAAACAUCCAGCCUCUGCGUACAACAUCUGGAAACUGAUAAACUUGCCACGAUACCGAAUUCUCCGUUUGUAAAUGCAGCAAGGAAUCUGAUUUUAUCUUCGGCUCAACAGUAUCACAAUGCGGGUGGCUUUUUCUCUAGCAUGGAGGAACUUUUGGAUAGACUCGAGUCCAACCACAUCUCUACAGUCCGCCAACUUGAGCUUGAAUUGCUGCAUCUUGGGAAAACCCAACUACCGCCGGACUUGUGUGAUGUUUAUGUUCAGCACGUUUGGGAACACAUCGAAUCGCUUCGGAUUCAAGAUGGCCUUCGAUUACCUUGCAGACGACGAUAUAACGAGCUUGCUAUUGAGCUAGUGGUAUUUAUCAUGCACGCCUCUGAUAGCCGAGCCCUAGAUUCCAGCAAGGUCGAGGCGCAACCCGAGACACCGGACCAUUGCAUGUCCGGCCUGCACGUGCCUACUAGUUUUGCUUUCAACGACUUGGUUUCGUUGCAGCCCUGUUUUCCAUCCAGUGAGGCGUCUUUGGGUUCCAUAUAUGACACUGAACAGACAGCGGUGAACCAACAGCAGCCGCUGUCUGCUCCCACCACGCCAUCUACCAUCAUGUCGGCGCCUUCUCAACCCCCCACGUCAGGAGACACAACAUUGCCGUACAAGGAGAAUUCCGACAUGUGCUGUGAAAUUUGCGGCUACAGACCAAGGGGAAACCCCCAAUGGUUCCGUGGCAGCAUGGCCAAGCACAAGAAGCUAAUGCAUGCCAAAACACCUCCCAAGAUCUAUCCGUGCCCAUUUCCGGGGUGCAAGAGUCAGUAUAAAAAUCGUUACGACAAUUUGCAACAACACCAAAACGAAAAGGGGCAUUUUGUGGCCGGACAGGAGAGUUCCGCAAAGAGCCGAAAGAGAAGAAGGCUGGAAUAG